GCUAGGAAUAGUUCUUGGCAUGGGGAUGGCCUGUCAGUCAUCCGAAUCGAUCCAAACCUCGUCCAGUAUACCUCCUACCAUUGAAUCGGUACAAUAUGAAACAAUUUUCAAGAUAUCCUGCAAGAUUAUCUCGUCCUAAGAAUCUACCCCGGAUAGCAUCAUCCGAAGUCUGCGUUUCUAUAUGUGCAUAUGGCAUAGUCUGAAAAAUACUGACAAUACCUAUGCCUUCCGAGUAGAUCAGGAGGCUUGGCGUCUUCGUCUUGAGAUCACGGUGAUGCUCCUACUCUUCCUUGAUGAAGUAACAUCUGAUGUUAACUGACUUGCGAUAAUAGAAUAUUUGCUGCCAAGCUAAAUGAAGUUUCGGUCAUGGCAUCAAAGCUAAAGUUCCCAUGAGCCUUCUCACAUGAAGACGUAGGGGAGUCAUAGGAGUAUAGGAGCGAUUGGUACUUGAGAGUGAAGAUAUAACCCACGCACUCUCCAACUCAGAAAUCUUACUAUCCUAUCAUUCAAUAAAACUCGCAAACACCACACUCCUUAAUACCGCAUAUUUCAGAGCUGCGCUCUUUCGAUUCUCUUCCGUCUUUAACCCCGUUUGAAACGGCAUAUUUAUUAUAAUAUUUAUACAUACCUAACGAUAAGAUGAAGUUUACGGCCGGUCCCCUUUUCACCACGUUGGCAUUGAUUGCCUACUUGCCCAGCAUCCUUGCUGUAGAAAGACUCGCCGCAAAUCAGGGCUCAGUUGCCGUGCUGAGUUCCGGGCUAGCAACUAAUGGCACUGCCGCUGGAAACGGCACCGAAGUGGUUAAUUCUGACCAAGGCGAAGACAACAAGGAUGGCACUGAGAAUGAUGCCGAAGACAAUAACGACCAGAACAAUGAUAACAAUGAUGCGAACGAUGAAGAGAGCGCUGAUGAUCAGCAAAAUGCCGACGAAGAGAACAAAAAUCAGGACGACAAUGAAAAAGACAACCAGAAUGAUGAUCAGGACCUUGAGGAGAAUCUCGACAACGCCAAUGAGAAUGAUAUUAAGGGCAAUCUUGAGCAGAAUAUCGGAAAUCUCAUGCUCUCGCUAGGCAUCUGCGACUUUAACAUCGGUAGCAUCGGUAGCAUCGGUAGCAUUGGUAUCGGGAGCCAGAUCCAGCUUCUCCUUCAACUCCAGCAACUUGCUCAGCUUCAACAACUUGGACUCGUCAACUCAUUCUCCAUUGAGCAGCUCAUUCGACAGGAAAUUCUCCUUAACAACUUUAACCUUAAAAUCAUUAAACGUACUGUUAGUGCAUCUGUCAAGCAAGCUAGCCGUGAGAACAAGCGCACUAUUGUGGCUAGAAAGGAGUGUCGGAACAAGAACAAUGGUAACUAAGAGCAUAUGACUACAAGGAAAAACUGGAUCGUUCGAAGUCCAAGGUCAAACUAUGUCUAGCUAUGGUCAGAAUCAUAAGUCCAUUAGGUAGGUAGACUUGUAAAUUAGAAUCUACUGAAAUUUUAAUUGUAUCUGUGUCCCUACCCAAAGUUGUUUCCAACUAGGUAUAAUGAGUGGCUUAACUUGAGAGAGAUUAUUACCUACCUACCUAGAUACCUAGGUUAGUUAAGACAUACAGUUGCAGUGUCCUUUUUUCUGAUAUCUCUAUUCGUCAGUUAUCUAUGAGAUAGUUUGGAAUGGGCUGUUUUACAGACUACCUGUAGCUAAAGCUGAAUAAACUAAGUAGCAAAUAGGGAUUUUCUAUACAUAAGUCUAGAUACGUCCAGAGGAAAAAUUGCAUUCUAUGUACGUACUCUAUUUGUUAUAUUUUUAUGUAUCUUCAAACUCGAAUACGGAGCUAUCCGUCCC